CGAGGUUGAUACAUAUCUAUUGUUGUUAACUACGAGUCAUACAUGGAUAUUAUACAGCACACUAGCACCUUUUGGUUAAACCUCUUCGAGUUGGAACUCUGCCCGAACGCCCAAAUGAUCCGUCACCCAGGCUUUCGCCAGUCCCCAAGAGCGCUUUAACUUCUGCCGAUCCGCCUCAUCUUCGACUUCAACAUCCAGCCCGAAAGUGCCGUAAUCAAGCAACGCUGCCUUUCCGCAAAAGAGCACCUUGUCCAUUCUGGACGUUCCAUACCGCUGUCUGUCAUUGCUGCGGCCCAUCAAUCCCCAUGUCGCCCCAGCCUCGUCUCCUUGUUUGCCGCCAGUCUCGAGAUACGCAUCCUUGAGCCUGUUUUCCUUGUGGAGGGUCCAGUCGAAGCGCUCGAUGGCGUUGAGGUCUCCCGCGAGAAUGCCAAGAUGUGCCUGGUGCAAGAACCUGGCCGCCGUGGCAAGCUGCGCCGGCCGCUUCGGUGGCCGGGCCACAAGGGAUUCCAGGUGGGUGCUGCAUACACGAAGGACUUUGUCUCGUGGGAUGGCAAUGUCGACAAAGAGGGCAUCACGCUGCAUCGACGAGUUGGGGUAGUAGACACGGAACACGGCCUUGAUGGGGAGCACCUUCGGCACAAGAAUGCAUGUUCCUGCAUCGGUCGUCAGCAUGCAAGACUUCCUUUCGCGCUUGUCUCACCGAAAGAACUCACCAUAGCCAAAUCCGGGAGGAAAGUCGUGGAAGUCCCAGUUCUCUCCAGUCAGGUCGGUCACAUUAUAGUUUUCCCUAACCCACUCGUCGUCCGCUAUCACAUCCAGGUCAGAUGCAACCAUCUCGUUGAACAUGAUGAUGCACGGAGUCCCGUCUUGAGAAGCCACUAAUGAUCGGACAUGGUUGAGAGCAGCCCUCAUGCGAGCCACGGGCACAUCCAGCUUGAAGUCGAUAUUCCAGGACCAUACAGAAAAGCGUGUGGGUGUGUUGGAACCAUCCACGACAUUUUUGGCUGGGCUGGCGAAGCUCCUCCAGUGGCCAUUGACAAAGGCCGAAUAGCCCUGGUGUCGGGGCGCUGGUUCAGAUUUCCAGCCUUGGAGUGGGUUGAACAUGGUCUUGUUGUGUCCAGUGACGACGAUGCGGGACGCUUGGCGUCUCUGGCGAUGAUACUGCGGGGGAGUGUGAGUGUUCGUGUUGGUAUAUAUGUUUCGCGGGAACGGAGGCCACAGGCAACCAACAACAGUCUUGCACCGGAGGUGGCUUUCUCCACGACAUCCGAUCAGGACGGAGCAGGGACGGGUCCAUCUCGGCGGCACUUUAAGAGACAGCAUCACUCUCCCGGCUUUUGGUAUCAAGGGUCCUGUCAAUCAAUUGGUGCGUCCGACGAACCCGGGAUCCGAGGUGGGAGCGGCAGUUGUUGAGAAGUGUGUGCCCCCACUCAGCCACAACAGGCACGACAGCACACAAAUUGGCCGUGCCGCCCCUAAGGUUCUUGGGUGGGAUGAAGAACGCCACUUACACACGUAG